AUGGUAAACAUGCCACAAAAGACUCAAGAAUACGAAUUCAACUCGGUCGAAGAAGCUUUGGCUGAUUUCGCCGAGAACAAGUUUGUCAUUGUUAUGGACAAUGAGGAUCGGGAGAAUGAAGGCGACUUGAUCGUUGCUGGCAAGGGCGUGACAACCGAGCAAAUGGCCUUUUUAAUCAAGUAUUCGAGUGGAUACAUUUGCGUGCCAAUGACAGGUGAACGUUUGGAUGAACUCGAAUUACCAUUGAUGGUGCCAAAGAACACUGAAUUGAUGAAGACGGCAUAUACCGUUUCGGUGGAUUGUGUCCAUGGUACAACGACGGGUAUUUCCGCACAUGAUCGAGCUGUCACCGCACGGUACCUGGCGGAUCCAAACAGCAAGCCCGAUGACUUUUCACGACCCGGCCAUAUUCUUCCUUUGCGAGCAGUAUCCAGAGGAACGUUGGAACGAUUCGGACAUACGGAAGCAGCUGUCGAUCUCUGCAAGUUGGCAAAUUUGCCUCGUGUAGCAUGCAUUGGUGAAUUGGUGAAGGAGGAUGAUCCCACUGGCAGCAUGGCUCGACGUGAUGAUUGUUUUGCUUUUGCAAAGAAACAUGGCAUCAAGAUGAUCACUAUCAAGGAUUUGAUUGCUUACAGACAACGACACAAUCUGUGA